CCAGCUGCAGAGAAAGGAGGUGGUGUCCCCAGGGGCGAGAACAAUGGCUUUCUACAGCUACCAAGCUCCUUAUCUGAGCCCGAUUGUACCCUUUUCCGGGGUAAUCCAAGGAGGACUGAAAGAGGGACUUCAAAUCACUGUCCAGGGGACUCUCCUUAACUCCUCUGAAAACAGGUUUGUCGUGAACCUGCAGACGGGCAUCAGUGAGAAUGACAUUCCCUUCCACUUCAACCCUCGGUUUGAAAAUGGAGGGUACGUGGUUUGCAACACGAAGCAGAAAGGAUGCUGGGGACCCGAGGAGAGGAAGAUGCAAAUGCCCUUCCAGAAGGGGAUGCCUUUUGAGAUCUGCUUCCUGGUGCAAAGGUCAGAUUUCAAGGUGACAGUGAACAAGAGCCUCUUUGUGCAGUACUCACACCGUGUGCCCUACCACCUGGUGGACACCAUCUCGGUCACUGGACCCUUGUACCUGUCCUACAUCAACUUCCAGAACUCUUAUGCCGCCCCUGUCCACCCCAGCUUCUCCAUGGCGCAGUUCUCCCAGCCUGUCCGGUUCCCACGGACCCCCAGGGGGCGCAAACCCAAAAACCCUGGUAUCCUACCCAUGAUGUACCUCAAUCCAGUCUAUCCAGUGCCUUUCUUCACCACUAUCCCCGGUGGGCUGUACCCGUCCAAGUCCAUCACCGUGUCAGGUACUGUCCUGCCCAGUGCUAAGAGCUUCCACAUCAACCUACGCUCUGGGAGUGACAUUGCUUUCCACCUGAACCCCCGUUUUGAUGAGAACACCGUGGUUCGCAACACCCAGAUCGGGAGCUCCUGGGGUCUUGAGGAGCGAAGCCUGCCGUGCAAAAUGCCCUUCAACAAGGGCCAGAGCUUCUUGGUGUGGAUCACGUGCGAAGGCAGCUGCCUCAAGGUGCUGGUGAACGGCGAGCAUCUGUGUGAGUACGCGCACCGCCUGAGGAACCUGCAGGACAUCAACGGCCUGGAGGUGGCAGGAGACAUCCAGCUGAGCCACGUGCAGACAUGAGCAGGGAGAGUGACCGGCCGCCAUCCUGCUGGACUCCAACUAAUCAGAGGUUUCUCAUCAGGGGGCCCUCCUCUUGCCCAGUGAC